CGAUAGCCAAAAUGCUGUCUUGGUAGGCUGCUGAACCACAUUUUAAAAACACGUCACUCGACCAAUGGUUAUGGUUCGUGAUCCGCUAAGGUAGCGCAUGCUUAACUUUCAGCAGCCCAUCUCAAAGUGGGACCAAGCGGACAAACGGAUAUUUACAACUCAACCAUCAGUUGCCUCUGCUUUCAUGCCAAUAGCGGACGGAUUUCUUUCUUUUUUUUGAUAAAUGAAGUCCCACGAAGUGUGGGACGGAGAAACGACUGUGGUCUUGCUGUAGGCGAAAGACUUAUAAACUUAUAAACUACUCGGUGGCUUCAAGUGACGGACUUUGAUUUUUUCCCCAGCUGCGUGCUUUAAUCGUGCUGGGUUGGCAGAAAAUGGGGACUCGGAUAAGUGCCCUUAAACUCUAUGUGUUUAUCAUCUCUUUGGCACUUGCGUCGCAUCUAUUUAAAGUGGCUCAGAGCUCCAAAGUGUGGGAUGAAGUGCCCUUUCCAGAGGAUUUAGAGGAGGAAGACAAGCUGCCGGGAGGUUACGUGGAUGAUGAAGAGUACUACGAAGGCUCGGGAGAGUCAAACAGUGGAGAUGAGGAUGGAAGCACUCCGGAACCAAGCACGGUGUACCCGGGCACAACAAUCUACUAUCGUGCACUGGUGAACUUCACAAACUCCUUCCAGUAUGGACCAGAACUGGAUGACAUAUACUCUACUGCUUUCAUGGAGAUUUCAUCUGCCGUUGUCGAUACGCUUGAGUCCGACUACAACACAAUUCCAGGAGUCCAGACCGUGAAUGUGGUUCUCAUUAAGCAACUUGGCAAAGAUGUGUUUGUGGAGCUGGACGUUGGCUCGGAAAACAACUCAAAUGAACCUCAAAUCAGAGGGGUUCUGUACUCUGUGGUUAAGGAGGGCACCAUUGCCUCAUACGAGACCUCGGUGGUGGGAUUUGAUUUUAGACGACUUGGAGAAGCUGAUAACCUUCCUCCCGUGGAGACCACCAUUGUGCCAGUGAAGCCCCGGGAAUGUUUGCCUGAUGAGUUCACCUGCAAGGAUGGACACUGUAUCAACAGAGAUUAUGUGUGUGAUAACCGGCCUGACUGCAAUGACUUAAGUGAUGAAAUGAACUGUGCUGCUCCUGUUCCUAGACCUGCCACUACACUUCCACCUCCAAGAACCAGGCCUCCACCCGGGCCGGGCCCUUGCCGCGAAGACCAGGCCACUUGCCAAAACGGACAGUGUAUCGCACGGGAUUAUUUGUGUGAUGGCGAACAGGACUGCGCUGAUGGCAGCGAUGAGUUUAGAUGUGGAACUCCUUCUCCAUGUGAACCCAAUGAGUUUAAGUGUCAGAAUGGCCGGUGUGCUCUGAAACUAUGGCGUUGUGAUGGAGAUAAUGACUGUCAGGACAACUCCGAUGAGAUUGACUGCCCCACUAAAGGUCCAAGGGACACCUGUGCUCCGGAGCAGUUUGUGUGUCUUUCUGACCGCCACUGCAUUCCUGCCAGCUACCAGUGUGAUGAAGAGCCAGACUGUGCUGACCGCUCCGAUGAAUACGGCUGUGCACCUCCAACCGUGAUCGCCCCGCCGCAAGAGUCAGUUUCAGCAGCGCGGGGGGACACCGUGACCUUUACUUGUGUUGCCACUGGUGUGCCCACUCCUAUCAUCACAUGGCGACUUAAUUGGGGACACCUACCAGCAAAUAACAGAAUAACAAUGACCAAUGAGAAGGGCCAGGGAACGCUCACCAUCCGUGACGUGAAGGAAGGAGACCAGGGCGCGUAUACCUGUGAGGCCAUCAAUGCUAAAGGCCUGGUGUUUGCCAUUCCUGAUGGAGUUCUCAGUCUUUCUCAGAGACCAAAUCCAGGUAAUUGCCCUGAUGGACACUUUAGUGUGGGUGAUCAACAUCACUGCAUGCCCUGCUUCUGUUUUGGCAUCACAAAGAACUGUCAGAGCACCGGACACUACCGCAGUCAGAUCACACUGCGCUUCACUGAGGAGGAGGACUUCAAAGGAGUCAAUGUGUCAUUUCCCAGUCGUCCUGGGACCACUCCACCACUCUCACCCACUCAGAUGAUGAUCGAUUUAGACUAUGAAGAGUUUCAGCUUGUAGAUCUGUCUCGUCGCUUCCUCGAUCAAGACUCCUAUUGGUCUUUACCACGCCAGUUCCUGGGCAACAAGGUUGACUCAUAUGGAGGUUAUCUGAAGUAUAAGGUGAGAUACUUUCUUCAGCGAGGAGGAUCUGAACCAAAGGAAAAGCCAGAUGUUGUGCUGACUGGCAAUGGGCAGAGGUUCAUUUACCGCAGAGGAGAGCCAACUUAUCCUGACACCAUUAACCAAAGAGAGAUUAAGUUCACAGAGGAAAACUGGCAGCACUCCUCAGGACGGGCAGUGACUCGUGAUGACCUCAUGAUGGCUCUGGCCAAUCUGGAGACAAUCCAGAUUCGCACCAUUUAUGACAACCGCAUGGCCAGCGUUGGUCUGAGUGACAUCAGCAUGGAUAUCACCACCAAAGAGUUCACCGUGCAAGGGAACCCAAGAGACGUGGAGGAGUGCAGAUGCCCACCCGGGUAUUCAGGUCUGUCCUGUGAGACCUGCUCUCCUGGUUUCGAGCGUGUACCUGGACUUUUCCUGGGAAGUUGCGCCGGCUGUAGCUGCAAUGGUCACGCAAGUGCCUGUGACCCUAUAAGUGGUCACUGCCUGAGUUGUCAGCACAACACAGAAGGACCGCAGUGUAACAAAUGCAAGUCCGGUUACUUUGGGGACCCAAGUCAGGGCCGAUACGAUGACUGUAAACCCUGUCCUUGCCCGUACACAGAGACAUCUCGCCGGUUUUCAGAUAGUUGCUUUCUGGACCAUGACAACAGAGCGACGUGUGACGCCUGCAGAACUGGUUACACUGGGCGACGGUGUGAGAUAUGUGCUCCAGGAUAUGAAGGCAACCCUCUUGAGCCCAACGGCAAAUGUGUCCCUGUUUCUACCCCAAAUAAGUGUGAUAACAGAGGAACCAUCAAUCCCAUCAGCAGACCAUGUUAUUGCAAGGGCAAUGUGGUCGGAGGUCUGUGUGACGAAUGCAAAAACGGUGCCUUUCAUCUGUCGGCUGAUAAUCCUGAAGGCUGUUUGCAGUGCUUCUGUAUGGGAGUCACUAAACAGUGUGCCAGUUCUACCUGGAGUAGAGAUCAGGUACGAGGUGGUGUCAAUGGGCAACUCUUCACCCUUUCCAAUGCUGCCAACACCAGGACCAUCUCUGAGGACAUUGUUCAGAGAGCCAGCACUGAAGUGGUAUACAGAUCCUUCUCCAGAAUUCCCAAUGACAUCUACUACUGGGUCUUGCCUGAGAACUUCAGAAGGGACAAGGUAACAGCAUAUGGAGGAGAGCUACAGUACAGAAUGCGUUAUGAACUGCAACCGCGCUCCCUGGUUAUUGACGGACAACCAGAUGUGGUUCUCCAAGGCAAUGGCAUCUUCUUGGAGCAUUACUCUCAGACCAAACCACUUCCAAGAGUCUCUACCCCCAUCACUGUGUCUUUCAGAGAGUCUGCGUGGAGAAGGUCUGAUGGACAGCCUUGCACUCGAGAGCACCUGCUGAUGGCUCUAGCUGAUAUCACUGUCUUCAUGAUCAGAGCCACUUAUGCAGACAACAUGGCCGAGAGCAGCAUCUCCGAUAUUCAGAUGGAUGUUGCAGUACCUCACUCCACAGGAAGUGAGAGAGCGCUGGAAGUAGAGGAGUGCGCCUGCCCUCAGGGUUAUACAGGACCGUCCUGCCAGGACUGUGAUGUCGGCUAUACCCGUACACCUGGGCUUUAUCUUGGCACCUGUGAGAAAUGUGAAUGUUAUGGACAUGCUAGCGGCUGUGACUCAGAGACUGGAGAUUGUCUCGGUUGCCAGCACAACACUGCUGGGCGUAAUUGUGAAAAUUGCCUGGCUGGUUUUUACGGAAAUCCUAAGACUGGUGAUCCACAGGCAUGUAGACCUUGCCCUUGUCUGGGACCCACCAAUACCCAAAAAAGUUGCUUCUUGGACUCCGAUGGACAGGCCACAUGUGAAUGUCCAUCCGGGUAUACUGGAAGACGCUGUGAAAGAUGUGCUUCUGGAUACAUUGGCAAUCCUCAGGUUGGACAAAGAUGCACUCUGAACAAUAAUAAUGGUGAUUGCUACCGCUGUGACCAGAGAGGUAGUGAGGGAUGUAGUUCAAACGGAGUCUGUCGCUGCAAGAUGAAUGUUGAAGGGUCAACGUGUUCCACCUGCAAACAAGGAACCUUCUACCUCAGUCCUUCCAACAAAGAUGGCUGCCUUUCCUGCUUCUGCAUGGGCGUCACGCAGCAGUGCUCCAGCUCCAAUCACUAUAGAGAUGUGAUUUCCACCACUUUUGCACCAGGAAACUACCAAGGUUUUGCCCUUGUAAAUCGCCAGCGUACCAACCGCAUUGACACUGGCUUCUCUGUAGAGCUGUCCACAGAGGGAACACAGCUGUCCUACACAAACUUCAACUACCUUGGACAAGAGCCCCACUACUGGCAGUUACCCAACACCUUUCAAGGAGAUAAGAAAGCUCGCUCUGCUCGGACUAAACGAGCACAAAAGAAAGACUCUUCAUGGAUAGAGGAACAGCAGAAAAAGGACGCCACCAUUUGGCACUUAAUGAGCAGUAUGGGUAGAAACACAUCGAGGUCCAAAAGAGCCAUUGCGCACCCCGCUGAUGAAGUACGCAAACUUGAUGAUGAAAUCUGGUCAAUCAUCUCUAAUUUCUCCAACGGGCAGUCGCCUUUCCUUUUCUCUUCAUCCUCUAAAACAUCCAGUUCUUCACAUGGGACCCAGAGUUCCCUGCCUCGGUCAAGCGUGCAUGCCACUUCCUUCCAUUCUGGUUUAACUUCCUCUUUAACAGACUCUGAGUCCCUUUCAGCAGACUCGGUGCAUUCCUAUCAGCCUGACUCAACUGAGGUGGGUGAUGGAAAAAACACAGUUGGUACACUUAGAGGUCCUCGACCUGGCCCUAAUAACAAGUAUGUUUUGGUCUACAAUGGUUUCACCUCGCACCUAGAUGACGUGCUUUUCUGGCAGCUCCCUGAACAGUUCAAAGGGGAUAAGGUUGGCACAUACGGUGGAAAGCUGAAAUAUACAAUUUCGUAUGUUCCAGGAGUGCGAGGUUCACAUGUAGAUGAUGUAGAUGUGCAGAUUACUGGUAAUGACAUCACACUGGUGGCGCGUAUACCAUGGGCAAGACGUACGGGUUUCCGAGUGUCACAUAAUUUUGAGAUUGUUUUCCGAGAGGAAUAUUGGCAGCGUCCUGAUGGCAUGCCUGCUACAAGAGAACACCUAAUGAUGGUGCUGGCGGAUCUAGAUGACAUCUUGAUCCGGGCCUCUUAUGACACUGAGAUACGUUCAUCCAGCAUCUCGGGGGUUCGCAUGGAAAUCGCCGUGCCCCAGUACACAGUCCUGGCACAGGCAUUUGAGGUGGAGCAGUGCCAGUGUCCAGCAGGUUACCACGGUCUGUCGUGCCAGGACUGUGCACCUGGAUACACUCGCACAGGUGGGGGCUUGUACCUGGGCCACUGCGAGCCGUGCGAAUGCAACGGCCAUUCUGACUCCUGUCACCCAGAAACCGGGAUCUGCACGAGCUGCCAGCAUAACACCAGAGGUGAACUCUGUGAACAAUGUGCUGAUGGUUUCUUUGGAGAUGCCACUGCUGGAACUCCAGAGGACUGCCAGCCCUGUGCCUGCCCCGGCACGGACCCUCACAAUCAGUUCUCUCGUACCUGUGAGAGUCUGGGUAAUGGAGGUUAUCAGUGUACAGCCUGUCAGCAUGGUUACACAGGCCAGUACUGUGAACGCUGUGCUCCUGGCUAUGAGGGAAAUCCACAAGAUGGAAGGCCAUGCCGAAGUGCAGCGGCUGAAUCUCUGGUGGUAAGGAUUUUGCCGGAAAGGGUGGAGGUGUCACAAGGAAACCAAGUGACGCUCAGGUGUCACGUAUCUGGAAAUCCACCACACUAUUUCUUCUGGUCCCGUGAGGACGGCCGUCUGAUCUCCAACACAGCCGAGAGACACAAUCAAGGACAGGCGCUGCAUUUCCCCAGCGUGCGCCCCAGUGAUGCUGGUGUUUACAUCUGCACAUGCAGAGACCAGCGCAGCACCAAUAGGAGCAAAGCUGAGAUUGUCGUUAAAACUUUACCCUCCAAACCUAUCGAAGUCUUUAUAGAGGAACCUAAAUUACAGCGCGUGACCGUGGGAACCACAGUGAACUUCAUCUGCACAGCCAAAAGCAAGCUGCCAGCAUACACCCUGGUUUGGACCCGCAGAGGCAAAGGAAAGCUGCCUAACCGAGCCAUGGAUUUCAAUGGAAUCCUGACCAUUCAGAAUGUGCAGCCUGGGGACGCAGACACCUAUGUUUGCACAGGCUCCAAUAUGUUAGGCAUGGACGAGGGCACGGCCCACCUCUAUGUCCCAGAGGCGUCUCAGUCACAGAUGUUUUACACAGCCUAUGAGAUGUUUGAAGGACAUAGAAAGCCUGCUGAAGGGUCCCAGCCGGUUGCUACGGUCAGUCCACGUGUGCUGACGGUUAAUCAGGGUGAGAGGGCAGAGUUUCGCUGCACAGUGACCGGCAAUCCAACCCCUGCUGUUGAAUGGAUAGGAGCUCCAGGAAACCGUAUCAGCUCCAAAGCCAUCAUUCGUAACGGAGUACUGACCAUUUCGUCUGUGGAUCGCUCUGAUGAGGGAGAGUACAUCUGCAAGGCUCUGAACACACAUGGCGAGCAUACAGCCCGUGGAGUUCUCCAUGUUCAAAGUACAUCAAGUCAUCAUAGUCUUCCCCUCGUCCAAGUGAGUACCAAAAGUAUAGAAGCUCACGAGGGUGACACAUUAAGGUUGUACUGCAGGGCCAUUGGCAACCCCACACCCAAACUCAUGUGGAAGAAGAGAGGUGGUCCACUACCCCCACAGGCAAUUCCCUCUCAUGGUUUCCAUCAGUUUAAAAGCAACAGUCUCGAUGUGUUACAGAGACGUAUUGAAGAGCUACAGAUCCGUGGGGAGCGCACUGACAUUGGCACUCUACUCGUACCAAACAUUAGAUCCUCUGAUGCUGGCACAUAUAUCUGUGUUGGCACCAACACUGCUGGGUCCUCAGAGGCUUACAUUGAGGUCUCUGUCAAAAAAGGUGAAAUAUUUCCAUCUGGAGUCACCAUCCAGCCCUCUACUCCUACUGUAAUGGAGGGGGAGGCUCUUGAUCUUGACUGCAGUGUCCCAGGAACUUCUCAAACCUCUGUCAAAUGGAGUCGGGCAGGUAGACUGCUAUCAUCCAAUCAUCAGGUGCUUGGGACUCGGCUGCGUAUCCUGCAAGCCUCUUCAGAUGAUGUUGGAGAAUAUAUCUGUCAUGUAGAGAGUGGCCCAUCAUCUCUUCAGGCUUCUGUAUAUGUGUCUGUGACUUCCAGUGCCUCCCGUUUUCAGACACCCAUUAUCUCCAUUGAGCCACACAGUGCCGCGGUGAAGCAGGGUGAGUCAGCCAGUUUCAGAUGCAGGGUCCACAGCGGGGCUCCGCCAGUACGCUUAGAAUGGAAACCCACCACCAAUCAUUCUUUCCCAGAUAAUGUGGUGAUUGGUCCUGAAAAUUCAGUCAUAACUAUUACCAAUGCCCAAGCGAAGAACCAUGGCACCUAUAAAUGUGUUGCCAGAAACUUGUAUGGAAGUACUCAAAGCAUGGUGACGCUCAUUGUGAAAGAAUCUCCCAAGGCUGUAGUAACACCAACAGGACCGGUGCGAGUCCGGGUCGGCGAUCCCAUCAAUCUGGAGUGCCAAGCCACUGGAGAGCCGAGACCUUCGGUCAGAUGGCACAGACUGGACAAUAAUCGCAGGACAAUGCUGACCAGCCCUGCGUCUGCUGAUUCCAUUGCUAGUGUGCAGAUCUUAUUUGCGCGCCCAGAAGACUCGGGCACUUAUGUGUGCUUGGCACAGAAUAACCAGGGCACAACUGAGACUCGAGUAGAUGUGAUCGUAGAAGGAGAACAUCAGAUACCAACCGUUCCUCGAGUCAUUGUACGUGAGCCUAUGAUAGUUGUAGCAGAGGGAUCGACUGCCACACUUCACUGCGAAGCUCAUGGAUUCCCUAAGCCCACCAUCACUUGGUCUAAAGACCGAUCUUCUCUGUCUUGGAGACACAAGGUGGUAGAUAACAGCCUGGUCAUAUCUAAUGUGCGUCGUCAGGACUCUGGCCAUUACAUCUGCAAUGCCACUAACCACAUGGGCACCAGUGAAGUCACCAUCUUGCUGGAAGUAGGCGAAUCUCCCAAGCCUGUGGUAACACCUACAGGACCGGUGCGAGUCCGGGUCGGCGAUCCCAUCAAUCUUAUGUGCCAGGGCGCUGGAGAGCCGAGACCUUCAGUCAGAUGGCACAGACUGGACAAUAAUCGCAGGACAAUGCUGACCAGCCCUGCGUCUGCUGAUUCCAUUGCCAGUGUGCAGAUUUUAGUUGCACGCCCAGAAGACUCAGGCACAUAUGUGUGCACGGCACAGAGCAACCAGGGCACAACUGAGACUCGAGUAGAUGUGAUCGUAGAAGGAGAACAUCAGAUACCAACCGUUCCCCAAGCCAGCGUACGUAAGCCUUUGAUAGUUGUUGCAGAGGGAUCCACUGCCACACUUCACUGUGAAGCUCAUGGAUUCCCUAAGCCCACCAUUACAUGGUCUAAAAAACAUUCUUCUCUGCCUUGGGGACACAAGAUAGUUAGCAACAUUCUGGUCUUACAUAAUGUGGGUCGUCAGGAUUCAGGUCAAUAUGUCUGCAAUGCAACUAACCACAUGGGCACCAGUGAAGCCACCAUCAUGCUGGAAGUAGGCGAAUCUCCCAAGGCUGUAGUAACACCUACAGGACCGGUGCGAGUCCGGGUUGGGGAUCCCAUCAAUCUUGAGUGCCAGGCCGCUGGAGAGCCGAGACCUUCAGUCAGAUGGCACAGACUGGACAAUAACCGCAGGACAAUGCUGGCUAGCCCUGUGCCUUCUGAUUCAAGUGCUAUUAUGCAGAUCUUAGUUGCACGCCCAGAAGACUCGGGCACAUAUGUGUGCACAGCACAGAGCAACCAGGGUACAACCGAGACUCGAGUAGAUGUGAUCGUAGAAGGUGGACCUCAGAUACCAACCAUUCCCAGAGUCAUCGUACGUGAGCCUAUGAUAGUUGUGGUAGAGGGAUCGACUGCCACACUUCACUGUGAAGCUCAUGGAUUCCCUAAGCCAACCAUAACUUGGUCUAAAGAACGGUCUUCUCUGCCUUGGAGACACAAGAUAGUUAACAACAGUCUGGUCUUAUCUAAUGUGGGUCGUCAGGAUUCUGGUCAAUAUGUCUGCAAUGCCACUAACCACAUGGGCGUCAGUGAAGCCACCAUCAUGCUGGAAGUAGACACCCCACCCUAUGCCACUUCCUUGCCCGACGACGUGUCAGUGCGAGUGGGUGAAGUAAUCCGACUGCAGUGCCUGGCCCAUGGCACCCCACCCCUGCGCUAUGAAUGGAGUAAGGUCAAUGGCACCUUGCCCCGUACCGCUCAGGUGCAGGGAGGAGACCUUCAGAUUAAUCUGGCCACAGAUAGCGAUGCAGGGACGUACAAAUGUAUCUCCAGCAACAAGGUCGGAACAAGCGAAGCGCUGGCCAGAGUCCAUGUCCGAUCACCCCUCUCUGUAAAAGUUUCCCCUCAGGUGGAAGUGAAGGCUCUUGGGAGUGCUGUGGAGUUUACCUGCUCUGCUAAAGGAGGGUCUCAGAUUCAGAUCGAGUGGCUGAAGGAGGGCGGAGUUCUACCACCAAACCAUCACAUUUAUAAUGGAGUGCUCAGAAUCGAGAACCUUGAGCAAAGCAAUGAGGGAAUCUACACCUGCAGAGCGAGAAGUCUGUACGGACAGGCUCAGGACAGUGCCAAACUCACCAUUCAAGCUCUACCAAAAGUGAUGAUCAAUGUGCGCACAUCAGUGCAGACGGUGAUGGUGGGGAACUCAGUGGAGUUUGAAUGUCAUGCUGAGGGUGAUCCUCAGCCGUCGGUGAGGUGGAGUAAGGUGGGGGGCACUCUUCCCAAUCAUGUUGUAGUGAAGGGAAAUGUUUUGAGGAUUGAUCAGGUGACCGAAGCAGACCGAGGAAAAUAUCGUUGUACCGCAUCCAACAACGUGGGCUCGGUGCAAUCCGAGGUCGACCUUAAAAUCCAGGCCUUGCCCGAGAUCACUGCACAACCAGAGACAAAGGAAGUGACAGUUGGCUCCAAUGCGAUCUUUCCCUGCAUAGCGUCUGGAUAUCCAGUCCCAACCAUCACAUGGUCAAAGGUGGAGAACGAGUUGCCAUCCAAGUGCAGACAGGAUGGUCAUGUACUGACAGUUCCCGCGGUCACACAUACAGAUGCUGGACUGUACGUGUGCACAGCUGCCAAUAAGCAUGGGAAAGUCGAGGCCUUUACUAGACUCCUGGUUCAUGAGAGAGUGAUGCCUCAAUUUACCCAGGAGCCUCUUUCUUACCUCACACUGCCGACCAUCAAAAACUCUUACAAAGCAUUCAGCAUUAAAAUUACCUUCCGGCCGGAUAAUGUUGAUGGGCUCAUUUUAUAUUCCGGUAUGAUCCUUUAUAAUGGACAGAAGAGGACCACCGGCGCUGAUUUCAUAUCUUUUGGCCUGGUAGGCGGCCGUCCUGAGUUCAGGUUUGACGUUGGCUCUGGGAUGGCUAAUAUUCGAUACCCUACUUCCAUUAAACUGGGUGAGUUCCACACAGUAGAGCUCCACAGGAACCUAACGCACGGUUCACUUGUUGUGGAUGGAGAACAUCCUGUUAAUGGAAGCUCACAGGGAAAAUUCAAGGGCUUGGAUCUGAAUGAGGAGCUGUUUGUGGGUGGCUAUCCAAAUUACAGUGUGAUCGCCAAAACCGCAGAAAUCAAGACGGGGUUUGUUGGUUGUAUCAAGCAGUUGGUUAUUCAAGGCGAUGAGGUUAUUUUCAAGGACCUCGAGAAAAGUUCUGUUGGAGUUUCAAACUGUCCCACCUGCAAGGACCUUCCAUGCCAGAAUGGUGGCAAUUGUGAAGAUUCUGUUGCCAGUCUUUACAAAUGCAAUUGUAGAAGAGGAUACACAGGCACAAACUGCCAGCAUCACUCCUCUCUGCGCUGCCACAGUGAGGCGUGUGGACCAGAUGCCACAUGCAUUAACAAUCCCACUGGUUCCGGUUACAAGUGCCGCUGUCAUCUGGGCAAGUCUGGAGACAAAUGCAUGGAUGGUGCUCUAGUAACGACUCCGUUGUUUGAUGGAGAGGAUUCUUUUAUCGCCUAUCCUCCUCUUACUAAUGUUCAUAAUGACCUUCGGAUUGAGAUGGAGUUCAAGCCUAUGGAUCCAGAUGGUUUGAUGUUCUUCUGCGGUGGCCAGAAGGUGAAAGUGGAGGACUUUGUCACAUUGUCCAUGGUGAAUGGACAUGUCGAAUUUCGUUAUGAGCUUGGAACAGGUCAAGCUGUUCUGCGCAGUCAAGAUCCCGUGUCUCUGAAUAAGUGGCAUCGCGUAGUGGCAGAGCGGCUCGAUAAAGACGGUUCCUUAAAGGUGGACCAUGCUCGGGAGAUCACACGCUCUUCUCCAGGCAAAGCCCAGGGUCUUAAUAUCUUCACAUCUAUGUAUCUGGGAGGAGUGCCCAGUAUGGACAUCUUGCCUAAACCUGCAAAUGUUAGCAUGUUGUUUGAAGGAUGCAUAGGAGAGGUCUUCAUAAAUGGAAAGAAGGUGGAUAUUUCCUACAGCUUUACUGAGAACAGAUCCAUCAGGCAGUGUAGCCAAGUCGACAGGCCAUGUGAUCGCAGGCCUUGUCUGCAUGGAGGCACCUGUAUGUCCACUGCUGAGUAUGAGUAUCAGUGUUUAUGUUCAGAGGGAUAUGAGGGUGACCGUUGUGAAGUAGUGAAGGAGGCCUGUCGGGUUUCAUCUCAGUGCCAGAACGGUGGCACCUGUGUUAAUAAGUUCUGUGUGUGUCCUGCUGAAUACACAGGGCGACACUGUGAGAAAGGGCAGGACUCCAGCUUCUCCGAGCAGCUGCAGAAUUUGGAGGGUAGUGGGGGAAAUGACUCUCCUCUUCAACAUUCUGCAUAUUUCCAUGAUAAUGGUUAUCUUGCCCUUCCAAAGCCCAUGUUUCCACGAAGUUCUCCUGAUUCUCCAGAGACCAUCGAGUUAGAGAUCAAAACUCUCUCUAGUGACGGCCUCAUCUUUUGGCAGGGAGUGGAGCCCGCAGGCGCUAUAAGCAUCCAUAAGACGCAUGAUAGUAGAAAGGAACUAGGAAAUCAAGCAAAGGUCAAAGACUUCGUAAGUCUUGGUUUAAAAAAUGGACGAGUUGUGUUUAGUUAUCAGCUGGGCAGUGGAGAAGCUAACAUCGAGUCAGGUGACACUGUGAAUGACGGCCAGUGGCACAAGGUCACCGCUGUCCGAACGGGUAGACACGGCUACCUCCAGAUCAAUGGUGGAUCUGUCCACCGUGGCCAAUCAAAAGGCAAAAGCGUCAUGGUGGACACCAAGGGCAACAUAUACCUGGGUGGAGCUCCAGACAUGAAGUCACUAACUGGUGGGAAGUUCUCCACAGGCAUCACUGGUUGCGUAAGAAACGUCUCACUGCUGAACGCUCGACCGGGAAUACAACCAGCACAACCCAUCGACCUGCAGGUCCACGCAGAGGAGGGCAUCAACGUGGAGCGCUGCUCGACAUAGACGCAGUACUAAAACACUAUACGAAAGACUACAGGAAAAAUCCCUCAUUUAGACACACUGGGAAAGAUCUCAGACGCUUACAGGACAACUCACAUUUAAAGAGACACACACUGUUACCUGCUCUACAGGACAAAAUGACAGGAAAGGAUUUUUCCGGUUAAACCAAAUAAAAAUGCAAUGAUAUUAAAAAGUCUUCACAUUUUCAGUGUUUUACGCUCAAUGAAGGACUAUUAACACAGAUGCUCCAGUACGGUUUACAUACUCCGAACAGAGUCAAUGAUGAAAACACGAUGAUGGGUCAAAUCCUAUGGAAUCGGAGAUGUUUUUACAGCACUGAAUUUUUAUUUAUGAGCAUAUUAAUCUAUAUAUAUUAUAUUUGUGGGGGGAUGCAAACUAACAAUAACCUACUCUUCUGGGGGUUUUUUUUUGAGGAGUUUCUAGGAUCUUAUAUUGAGUGUCUGAGGCUUUAGCGCCCAAUCUGUGUUAAUACUUGAAGACUGCGGACAUCUUUUGAUAUUUUGGAGGGCCGGUGGGGGCGAGCAUGCUUAGAUACUUAACCAUGCGAAAGGGGUCACUACGAGGUCACAGCACAGAACAUACCAAGACAUAGGUGUAGAUUGGUGGUAAAGGUAGAAGUUACUUGGGAAAUCGUAUAUAUACAUAGUGUGGAUGUACAGUUUAUUCAGAAGUACACACCUGGCAUGCUUGGUAAUGUUGUUGUGUCUGGUAAAUGU